GGGAGAUGGAGCUCGAAUCCGUUGAGCCGCCUCCACCAACGGCAUAAACCGACGUCCUGGGAGGCUUUCCGGCUGUAGCAGCACGAGCAUGGAUAUUCGUAAAUUCUUUGGGGUUGUAACUCCUGGAAAGAAAUAUGAAUGUGACACUGCUAAGAAGAUCGAGAAACCUAAAAAUAAGGAUGGGACUUCAGGCGAGAAGUCAAAACUGAAGGAAAUCAAGGUGAAGAACUCAUCUCGUGAAGAGGAUUCCAAACAAAAACAGGUGAACAAGAAAAAGAGGAUAAUCUAUGAUUCAGAUUCUGAAGAGGAGGUGCAAUUGGCGAAAAAAUCGAAGAAGCCACCAGAUAGAAAACAAUCUUCAAAACCUGAUAAGGUUUUAAAGAAGGGCCCUGUUGUUUAUGUUUCAGAGACAGAUGAUGAUGAAGACUUCAUUUGUAAGAAGGCUUCCCAAAAGCCCAAGGAGAAUGGGAUGUCUGCAAGCAUUCACCCAGGAUCAACUGGAGCAUCAAAGGCUGACCCCAAACCAAAAAUACAAAGUAAACCUUUAUCUCCAGUGAAACUGACACCAACCUCUGUUAUUGAUUACUUUGGAACUGGUAGUGUUCAGCGAUCGGAGAAGAAGUUGGUGUCAACCAAACGAAAAGUGCCUUCACAAAGCAGGGAUUCUACACUAGAUGAUGAGGCUUUUGCCAAGCAACUACAGCUUGAAGAGAAUUCAGAGGUGGAGCGACAGCUGCAUGAAGAUGAAGAAUUUGCCAGAACUCUGUCCAUGUUGGAUGAAACACCAAAGAAGAAAAAGCCUCGUAAAGAUCCAGAAGUAAAACAGCUAGCUUCAACAGCGAAAAUUAUUCCAGAUGAAGCAGAAAAAAAUAAGGCGUCUCACAACGUGAAACCUGCCAGUUCAACUCUUGACUCAAGAAGUUACUCUGCAAAGAAUAAAAUUCACUUGGAAACUACGAGACUCUUGAGUCCUCACCCAGAGUCUUCUGUUAGUAAAGAAAGGAAGGAUUUGGAGAAUAAGAUGUUGUCAUCCAAGGUUAGCUCCAAGUUGGCAGUGCUGAAGCAAAAAGCUGAGAGUAUUAAAAUAGAAAAUGGAACCCCAAAAGGAGAGACUAUCAAAAAAGAAAGUGUGACCCCAAAAGGAAAGACAGUUUCACCCAAAGACGAGGAGAAGACACUUAAAAAGAAGGCUUCUCCCCAAAAAUCAAAGUCCGUAAGUCCUGAGGAUUCUGAAAAGAAGCGAGCCAACUAUCAGGCUUAUAGAAGUUUCCUCAAUCGAGAAGGUCCCAAAGCGCUUGGCUCUAAAGAGGUGCCACAAGGUGGUGAAAAUUGCUUGGAAGGUUUGACAUUUGUGAUCACAGGUGUCAUGGAAUCUAUUGAACGUGAUGAGGCCAAAUCUCUAAUCGAGCGCUAUGGGGGGAAAGUCACUGGUAAUGUCAGCAAGAAGACAAACUAUCUUAUUAAGGGUCGUGACUGUGGUAUUUCUAAAUGUGAAAAGGCAUCAGCUUUAGGAACUAAAAUUAUUGAUGAAGAUGGUUUAUUUGAUCUGAUUCGGAAUAUGCCGGGCAAGAAAUCCAAGUAUGAAAUAGCAGCUGAAGGAGAGGCAAAGAAAAUGAAAUCCAAAGGAGAGAAGACCCCACCAAAAGCUGAAGCACAGAAAGCAAAAAGUAGCCUGCUGAAGACUGAGAGUGAAUCCAGAAAGAAAAUGUCUACCCUUGAAAAUGGGGAUGCCUCCAAGUCUCUCAAGAAGGACACUUUGGGAACAAGGAGAGGCUUGAACUUUGAUCAGAAAGCCCUGGAGCAAAAGAAGGUUCCAAAGGAUGCUAGGAGCCCAGUUCAAGAAACAAGUAAAGGUGGAGUGGAGGUAUUAUUAUGGGUGGACAAAUACAAGCCCACAUCCCUUAAAACAAUCAUUGGACAACAAGGUGAUCAGAGCUGUGCCAAUAAACUCUUGCGUUGGCUUCGAAACUGGCACAAGAAUAUUUCAGAGGACAAACAUGUGAAAUCCAAUAAGUUUGGAGGCAAAGAUGACGGUGCUAGUUUGAAAGCAGCUUUGCUCUCUGGGCCGCCAGGGGUUGGUAAAACAACCACAGCUUCAUUAGUUUGUGAGGAACUGGGUUUGAGCUUUGUGGAAUUAAAUGCCAGUGACACUCGCAGUAAGAACAGCCUGAAGGAGGUAGUUGCUGAAUCUCUAAAUAACACCAGCAUUAAAGGAUUCUGUACAGGAACUUCAUCUUCAGUCAGUACCAAACAUGUUCUGAUCAUGGAUGAGGUGGAUGGAAUGGCUGGCAACGAAGACAGAGGAGGUAUACAGGAACUGAUCGACCUGAUUAAGCAUACAAAGGUUCCAAUAAUUUGUAUGUGUAAUGAUCGGAAUCAUCAAAAGAUGCGUUCCCUCGUCCACUACUGUUUUGACCUUCGCUUUCACAGACCACGUGUGGAACAGAUUAAGGGUGCCAUGAUGUCCAUUGCCUUUAAAGAAGGGUUAAAGAUUCCACCACCAGCGAUGAAUGAAAUCAUCUUGGCAGCUAAUCAGGACAUCAGACAAGUUUUACAUAAUCUCAGCAUGUGGUGCGCAAGAAACAAAACCCUGACUUACGAUGGCGUCAAAGAGGAUGCCAACAAAGCAAAGAAGGAUAUCAAACUGGGCCCUUUUGAUGUGGUCAGGAAGGUUUUUGCUGCAGGCGAGGAGGCGUCUCGCAUGUCCCUUAUUGACAAAGCAGACCUGUUUUUCCACGAUUACUCUCUGGCACCACUCUUUGUCCAGGAGAACUACAUACACGUGACACCAGCUGCUGCUGGGAAUGAUAUGAAGAAACACCUGAUGUUACUUAGCAAAGCAGCUGACAGUAUAUGUGAUGGGGACUUAGUUGACCGGCAGAUUCGCAGUCGACAAAACUGGAGCCUUCUACCUACACAGGCCAUUUAUUCAAGUGUCCUUCCUGGGGAGCUGAUGAGAGGCUACAUAAACCAAUUCCCAAGCUUUCCAAGCUGGCUGGGAAAAUUUUCAUCAACAGGAAAGCAUGACCGCAUCAUUCAAGAGUUGUCAAUGCACAUGAGCCUCAGGACACAUACAAGCAAGACAGCAGUAAACCUUGAGUAUUUAUCAUACCUACGAGACGCAAUUGUGAGACCUUUGACUUUCCUCGGAACAGAAGGAGUGCAGGAUGCUGUCACAUUCAUGGAUUCGUAUUGCUUGAUGAAGGAAGAUGUUGAAAACGUAAUGGAAGUAACCAACUGGGGAGGCAAGCCCAGUGCAUUCUCUAAACUAGAUCCUAAGGUUAAAUCGGCUUUCACACGAGCUUAUAACAAAGAGGUGCAUCUUACACCAUAUUCGCUGCAAAUAAUACAGAAGUCAAAGCGUCGAGCAGGGUCUGUUGUGGAUGCAGAACAACUAGAAGCUGAUGAAAUCCAAUCUGAGAAUGAUCAAGAGAUUGUUGAAAAUGAUGCAAUGAUUAAGAAAAAGACAAAGUCUUCCAUGCGGUCAAUAGCAGAAAAAAAAGAAGAGAAGAGGAAGGGCAAAGCAAAGAAAAAGUCUAAGUGAAUUGUACAAUGCUAACAACAGUGACCAGCUAUGCAAACUUUACAAUAAUGCCGUUGUGUGCUGGGUUGUGAAUAAAUUGAAUGGGCUGGCAAAGGCUCUCUUAGUGGUGAUAUAGAUGACUUGAUUUAUUACUAGUGCACAAAAAUGACAAAUGUAUAAUAUACUGAUUAGUGUAAAUACGGACAGAGGCUUAGCAUCUGGGAGAAAGAGUACUCAUCUCUUGCAUAUAUUCCAUCUUUCAUCUUUCCAGAGCACUCCUGAUAUUUUUUUUAAAUAACCAUUAUGUUCUCAGACCAUGUAUAUAGUAUAUAAUGAACAAAUUGGGUAUUUCUUUUGUACAUGAUGGGAGUGCAGCAAUGUGUAAAAGUUGCAAUAAAACUAGUUUCAUAUUUUAA